AUGAUCGAGGUGGUCGUGAAUGACCGAUUGGGUAAAAAAGUCAGGGUGAAGUGUCUUGGCGAAGAUACCGUGGGCGAUUUCAAAAAAGUGUUAUCCUUACAAAUAGGCACUCAGCCGAACAAGAUUGUUUUACAGAAGGGUGGGAGUGUCCUGAAAGACCAUAUCUCCCUGGAAGAUUACGAGGUUCAUGAUGAGACAAAUUUGGAACUGUAUUACCUGUGA